UUCACGGCAUAGCCGUAGCAUAAGUAAAGUUGCUUCCCAUUAUUAUUCUCUGCAAAAGCUCUCCCUCUCACUUCUCCUCUUCCGUCACAGCUCGGAAAGCUAACAGUUCUCAUAGAAAUCAAAGUAAAAUAUAAUCCAACUCAAAAGUAGAAAGGAGAACGUAUGUGCAGAUCGAGGGAGGGGCGACCAUGGAGUUUUCCGGCCGCCCCUAAUAUAAAGCUAGUGUGGUUUUGAAAAUUAGGGCUCUCGAUUUUGAGAUUUUUUUUAACGAGUAUUUUUUUGUUAUUCUUUUUAUUAGAAAUGGUUGUCGCUCAUAUAACUCCGAUUAAGGUACAUUAUUUGCAAAAUGAAUAGUUCUCAUAAUCCAAGAAAAUGAGAAGCAAAUUUCUCGACAGAUAAUAAUGCAAACUAUAAAAUCUCGAAAGGCAACAAUUCCUUUAUGGCGCUCUCUCUAUAAAUAAGGUGGAGUGGUUUGAUUAGCAAUCAUGUUUUUCUAAGAAGUUGAUCGCCAUGGGUUCUAUUUCUGAAAUUGGUGCAGCGAUUAUCGAGGCUGCUGCUAGUGGAGACCUUAAUCAACUCAGGGUAAUUAGAAACAAGGUUGAUGAUAUCAGUGAGUACCGGAAAAUAUGUGAUGAAUAUAGUGACUUCACCACUGGCCGGAAUGUCUUGCAUCACGUGGUUGAAAUGGGAAAUUUUGAGAUUUGCAAAUUCUUGAUAAAAACCGUCAAAGUUUAUAUUGAUGCCUUGACUUACAAGGGGGAUACUCCUCUGGCACAAGCUGUCAAAGGGGAACAUGUCAAAAUUGUGAAGUUUCUCAUCAAUCAGCGUGCUGAAAUUAAUCUUUCAGAUGUUGAGGGAUUCACUCCGUUGCACUAUGCAGUUCUAAAAGAUAAUAUGGAGGUUAUGGAAUUGUUAAAAGGUGCUCUUGUCGAAGAAGCUUCUACAGGAGGAACACCUUUACAAGUUGCUGUUUCUCGUGGAAAUGUUCAGGCUGUCAAGUAUCUCUUGUCUCGUGGUGCACAUCCAAGUCGUUAUUGUGCAGCUGUGGACACCCCUCUUACAUGUGCAGUCAAGUCUCGCUCAUUUGAAUGCCUGAAAUUGUUGCUUGCGGCUAAUGCAGACCCAAAUUCGUAUUUCAGUUCAAGUCCUUUGGCAUCUGCUGCAAAAGAAGGCGACACAAAAUUUCUCGAGUGUUUGCUUAAAGCUAAAGCGGAUCCGAAUACAAUUGAAAGAGAUUUCUAUAUUAAACCUAUUGAGGAUGCUGCCAUGGUGCAUAAUCGUGCAGCUGUGAAAAUUUUGUUUCCAGUGACUAAACGGCUUGAAAUUUAUCCAAAUUGGACUGUUGAUGGCAUAAUCGAGUCCUUUCAUUCUGAAGAAUUUAAAACAUUGAGAGAGCAGAAAAGGACAAUGCACUUGGCUGGACUAGAAGCUCAAGGGAUGCAUGAGGCGAGCAAUAAGCAAUACCGCACUGCAACCUUAGUAUAUAGAAUGGCUAGCCUUCUUGAUCCAUCUAACCCCACAUGGUUAUCAAAGCGAAUGCUGUUGCAAGCACACGCGGAUGAAACCAUAUUUGCUCUGUUAGAUGCUCAGGAAUGCAUUAGACUCAAGCCAGACUUCCCCGUCCCUCACCCUCACCACACAGGGGACAUAGCUGCUGCAGCUAAUCAGAUAUUCAAGAAAUUCCUCAUGGCGGGCCUUGCAUUCUCGCUGGAUCCCUACAACGAGGCAACGUUAUGUGCAUUUAGUGUUUUGGUUUUUGAUUGCAGAGUUACUAUGUUUGAUUACUUUGCUUCGUUUAGUCAGAUGAGCAGCCCGGACAUGAUUUUGAGUUUUAGCUGAUGAUUAACAUUGGAUCAUAAUUCUAUAGUCACGCUCAUAUACAGUGAUUCAUAUCUCCAUUGCAAAUAUGUGUUUCCAACUGAUUCAAUUGUGUUUUUUCUUUAUUCUUACUAAAA